AUGGUGUCAAAUGAGUAUCUUUCGCACGGGGACAAAGAUGAAUUCGAUCCCCUAAGGUGGUCGUCAACCCCGAGCGAGCUGCCCACACGAUCCCCAGAUACGCACCCCGAUGUGCUGAUCGUCGGGGCAGGGCUAGCUGGAUUGAUCACGGCACUCGAAUGCUGGAGAAAGGGACACAAUGUGGUGGGAAUCCUGGAACGAAGCCAAGGUCCUGUCUAUACUGGAGAUAUCAUCGUCAUCGGGCCUUCGGCCAUCAGCACCCUCCGCCACUGGCCCGAUAUCUGUCGAGAUCUCGAAGAAGACCAAUCGGACAGUGUGAUGUACUACCGGCGCCACAACGGCGACUUGAUCCUCGGCCCAACCACUCUGGGAUACAACAACCCAGAGCAUCUCGCCCAGCGAGAACGCCUGCCAUACGUGGCCCCACAUCAGAUCCGCCGGAAGUUCUACCGCAUGCUGCUGCGCCAGGUCGCCCGCGUCGGCCUAAAAGUCGAAUACGGCAAGCGCGUCGAACGCUACUUCGAGGACGAGGCGGCUGGCGUGGCGGGUGUAGUCACGGGGGAUGGUAGCAUCCGCGUCGCACAACUUAUCGUCGCGGCCGAUGCGUUCAAGACGCGCUCCGACCUUCUUAUCACGGGCGAUCACGUUCCCACGCGAUCGAGUGGCAUGUCCGUGUAUCGCGCGGCGUUGCCGACGGAGCUGGCCCUUCGGGACCCUGCGUUCAAAGCGCGCUGGGGUGAGCUCGUGGCGCAGGGUGGCUCAAAUCAUGAGUUCUGGAUUGGGCCCGGCAUGCACCUGGGUCUUUUCAUCUCGCCGGACUUUGUGGCCUACGGGCUCACCCCGCGGGACAAGUUCCUCCAGCCCGGAGGGGAUGAGCCAAUCGAGUCGUGGGACCCGGACGUGGACUCAGAGGAGGUUUUGGCGGUGCUUCACCGUGUUUCGGACUGGGAUCCGGCGAUUGAAGGGCUGAUCCGCAACACGCCGAAGCGCGCAACGGUGCACUGGCCAUUGCUGUGGCGGAACCUUCGCCAAGGGUGGACAUCCAAGGGCGGACGGGUGGUGCAGGUCGGGGAUGCCGCACAUACCACGGUGCCUGCCUCUAUCAGUGGCGGAACACUUGCCAUAGAAGAUGCCGUAACGCUGGCGGCCUGCUUGCAACUCGCGUGUUCUGGGGGCGCGCCUGGUGGUGCACCUCUGGGCGCCCGCAUCUACAAUCUGCUCCGAUACCAGAGGGUAAGCUGUGUGCAGAAGAUGUCAUUUGUCAAUUCGGAGAACCUCGGUGCUGUGGACAUGGAUGAGGUCCUGAAGAAGGACCCUGAGAAAGUCAAGGUCCGGUUCCCCAAGUGGUUGUUCCAGCACGACCCCGAGGCGUAUGUCUAUGAGAAGUACGGGCAGGCGUUUUCGCAUUUGGUUUUGGGGACGGAUUUUGACAAUACCAACUUUCCUCCGGGCCAUAAGUUUAAGAUGUGGACAAUUGAGGAGAUUCAUGCGGAUAUUCUGGCCGGAAAGAAGGUUGCAGAUUUGUUAGACGGCGAUUGGGAUUAG